GUCGGGCUGAGGAACAUGAGGGGCAGUGCCGGCCACGGCGGGAAGGCUCACCAGAGUCGUCGGCGGUGGAGGGCGCGCUGCCGACGGCUGCGUUGGACGUGGCGGGAUUGGACAUAUUGAUGGAGGAGCGGGAGACUCUGACACCAGAAUCGUUAAUCACCAUGACAGGUUUUGCAGAGCUCGCGGGAGGGAGGAAGACGUUGGGGCGGGCGAGUCGUCGUCGUGGGGCGGGAGAUUGAGUGACGAGGGAGCGAGGAUGGCAAGGAGGACGCGGGCGCGGGUGUUGGGUGCCGUGCGUAGUGGGGGAGGGGGACGGAGAGAGAGAGACAGAGAGAAAGCGAGCGGGAAAGUGAGGAUCAGGAUGAGAGGGAAGAGGCGUGUCCCAUGGCCGACAAGAGCAUGCUCUUCAGUGCGCACACAGCAGCAGAGUGAAGUGAAGCAAUCAAGUCGUCGUCGAGAACACGCCAGCGAAGCAGCAAGAGUUGCUUGGGGAGGCAGAGGAAGAAGAAAGGUUGGCGCCGAAAGAGACGAUGGCGAAAAGGCAGGGAUACAGUGCGGGACAGUGCGCCGCCGCUGGAGCUCCAGUCCCUUCCCUGUCCUGCUGUUGCCCAGGGAAUCCCCGAGUCUGUGCUCCGGGCUUAUGCAAGCGACCACGGGGAAGACGGCAAGGAUGACCUUGACGAGGACCUCGAGAUCCUACGUGGAUACUCGUUAGUGGCCGUGACGGCCAAUAGAGAUUUAUUCGAGAUGCAUGCCUUAGUGUAGUUUUGCACGCGGGUGUGGUUGUCGUUUGACGAUACGCAGCUAUGGAAGCGGAAGUUUCUACGGGUGAUGUCGGGUCAGUAUCCAUCGGGAAAGUAUGAGAACUGGGU